CCACUACACGACAAGAUUUGGCAAGCAUUAUAGCAACAUAAUAAACCGGUUUUUUGAUAGUUUUGAAAUACAUCGGCAAUCGACCAAGAGAAUGCAUAUGUUGAAGGAUAUAUAUCGGUCGGAUGUUGAUGUUGAUAGUGACGUUUGAUUGAUAUGCUCCUGCCAAGAAUGACGAGGCUGAAUACCAGCCUUGCUUUGAUUGGUCGAGGGCUUCACGGCCCAUACCUCAUAUUGUAACUCGAAUAAGUGCAUCAACUAGCUCUCAUGACAACUUAUCAUCAACACAACAAUAUGAGUUCCGAGGCCUCGCGGCCACUACUUCUACCUCAGAAUCGGAAAUUGCGACACCUGCAAGGUAUAUACGUCCGAAAUCUAACACUUUCUCGUCCGCGGGGAAAAACGAUCGACGAUGCAGGUCUAAACAAGUCACCACAGAAGCUCGAGGCUUUGCGCCGCGAAUCACAGCUGCAUCAUGCACAAUCAUCAGGGGAUCUACGACCUUCCGCGAGAACUAGGAGAUCGAGUUCGAACUGGGUGGGUGCAAGCCCCGCUAUCAGACAAAAAAAGCUUGAGGAUGUAAGGGAUAGUCGGAUGGCAGAUAGCUUCUUCACAUUACAUUGCGCCGGACAAGAUGAUCCGAUAUAUAUCAGCGAGGUCGUAGAAAAGGCAAUGAAUCCUACGUUUCGAUCUUUCGACUUAUCUUCAUUUGGUCCUGCGACGACGCGACUCGAUACUGUUACUGUCAAGAUAUGGGUUAAACGACAAGACUUCGUUCCGCUGAUCGAAGAGGAAGUUAAUCUUCAGUCUCUACAGUUCUUAGGGCGGCUGGAGAACCACCCCUUCCCCUCAAACUCGAUAAUUUUCCAGCUCGCAGAUGGCAUAUAUACCAUUGAUCUCACUUCCAAACUACCUCGGCCGAGGCCUAGCAUUGCUCUUCCUACCUCCUCCUACAACGCGUUGAUGCGCCUCUCGAACCUCGAUGAAUCCAUCCAAGAUGCUUUAGCUACUCGCGAGGAACUUACUUCUCAAAUAAACAACAUUCUUACUAAGAAUACUUCUCCAUCAAUAUCUCUCCCCCUGGCCCAAGAAUCCUUCACCCUUGCCAAACGCUAUGUCACUACUUCUCGCAGACUCCUCCAUCAAUCCCAACAUCGCCAAUCUGAACUCAAAGCAUCCAUCUCUUCUCGACGGGCCGCCAUCUCCUCCGGUUACGCCGUCCAGUCAGCUGCCGAAUCCGAUGUCCAGAAUGCUCAAGAGCACCUCAACAAUUCUCGCGCUCUCCUCACAAAAACUAACUCUUUCAUCCGCGGCCAACGCCGUCGCAUCUGUGAAGAACUCAUCCAAAUAUACCCCAUUGAACCCACCUCUCACCCCCUUCUCUUUACGAUUUGCGGUCUCCCUCUUCCAAACACUACUGAUGAUGAUUCUGCCGACGAGGAUGUCAUAGCCGCCGCUCUAGGCUAUGUCGCUCAACUAGUUGAUCAUCUUCAAUACUACCUGGGAAUCCCCCUUCCAUAUCCUAUCACACCCCAAGCCUCUCGUUCCCUCAUCAGCGACCCCAUAUCUUUGAUGCAAGACCGCCAAAGGGUAUUCCCCUCUACCCCAAUCUGUCAUUCGCUUCCGAUUCGAUUGGGGUGUAUUUCUCCUAAACAAAAACAUUGAAGCACUAGCCGAAUCGCAAGGCCUCCGCGUCCUAGAUAUCAGACAAACAGUUCCGAAUCUAAAAUAUCUAUUAUACGUCUGCAGUGCUGGCUCCGAAGAACUGCCAGAGAGGAAAAGAGGAGGAGUAAAGGGAUUACUGGUUGGGGGUGCUGGUGCCGUAAGGAUAGAGAGUAGAAGGGGAAGCGAAGACAGUGCAGGGAUGACGGGAGUUGGUGAUGCGGUCAGAAAGGCAUUAGAACAUGGAAGUGGAGGGACGGGACCUGGAUCUGGACUGGAAAACGGUAUGGGGAAUGGGAAUGGGAAUGGGAAUGGGAAUAGAAAUGCUCAGGCAACAGUUGAUGUACAAAUUAAAAAGGAGCCGUUGGUAAUGGCAGGGCAUAGCUUGAGGACGAGUGGAUUGAGGGAAAAUGUUCAUUAAUUAGUUUAGGGGAGGUAAUGCCUAAUGCUUGAGUUGGAAGGGAAGAGUCAAUGCCCUUGGUAUAUACUUCGUAAUAUGUCUUCAUAAGUAUCAAAUGCUAGUCAUUGCUCGUGUAGAGGCUGCUUUAUC